AAGUCUGGUAAGGCGCAAAAGAACAUCACCAAAUCGGACAAGAAACGCAAGCCGAAAAGGAAGGAAUCGUACGCCAUCUACAUCUACAAGGUGUUGAAACAAGUACAUCCCGAUACCGGUGUUUCCUCCAAGGCGAUGAGCAUCAUGAACAGCUUCGUCAACGAUAUUUUCGAGCGCAUUGCCGCCGAAUCAAGUCGUUUGGCUCACUACAACAAGCGUUCCACCAUCACCAGUCGGGAAAUCCAAACCGCCGUCCGUCUCCUGUUGCCCGGUGAACUGGCCAAGCACGCCGUGAGUGAAGGGACCAAAGCUGUGACCAAAUACACAAGCUCCAAAUAAUUUUAUGACACAGUUUCAUGAGUAUCCCUUUUAAAAAGGCCCUUUUCAGG